CCAGACCAGGAUGACGUCAUGGUAAACAAACAUGGCAGACCUGCUGGUGAAGAAACUGACAGCCGAGGACUACAACGCCGAGAGAUAUGUGCUGGGCCUCAGUCAAAGCAGCGUGGGGGACCAUGAGUUGCGGCAGCAGCGGCAGAGAAUCCAGCAACUGGCCGAGGAGACCAACGCGCAGCUCAAAAAGAAUGUGUACAUGAACUACAUGCAGUUCAUUGAUACAGCCAAGGAAAUAUCAUAUCUUGAGAGUGAGAUGUACCAGCUGUCGCACCUCAUCACAGAGCAAAAGUCUCUCCUCACCUCCCUCCUUGAACUCUCCAUCACAGGUGAGCGAGGGCCUGGCAGCGCUGCGCAGGAGAUGAUUGAGGUCAACCCACAGGAGAUCAAGGAGAUGCAGAACCGUGAAAACAGAAAAAAGUUGACAGGACUGCUAGAAAAGAUUGAAGGUUGCUCGCAUGUGAUGGAGGUGGAGGACCGCUACCUGGUGUUCGAUGGGGACUUGGUGGAGCUGAACCAGGACGACUACACAGCCAUGCAGCGGAUCCACGCCUACCUGCUCAGUGACUCCCUCAUGAUUGCCUCCUGGCUCAGUGACAGGCGGGGACCAGUGCGCUACAAGUUUGAGGUGCUGUACCCGCUGGACCAGGUGCUGCCCGUCAACAUCAAGGACCGGGGCAACACCAAGAAUGCCUUCAAGGUGCUCAUCUUCCCUGACACGCGAGUCUUCAUGGCGCCCACUGUAAAAUCCAAGCAAGACUGGCUUGAUGAGAUAGAGCGCACCAAGGCCAACAAGGUGACAGUAGACAAGCAGAAUGCUGAGCGGGCGCAGCAGCAACACCAGAAGGAACGCCAGCACUCCCUUAGCAAGGAGGACUCCCUGGAGAGUGCCAACCCCUUUGGUGAGGAUGACGACAGCCUGAACCCCUUCAUGGAGACCCAGCCCCCCUCCCUCGGCCCCCCUGAGUGGGUGCUGGAGCUGCCCGAGGAGCUGGACCAAGCCAUUGCCCAGCGCAACUUUGAGGAUGCAGUGACGCUGGUGGACAGUGGCAGAGAAUUCUUUGACAUGUCACCCAAGACUCCAGCCUACAGUGAAAUGAGACGUGCUCUCGAGAGUCGAGUAAAGAGUUUGGUGGAGGUGCUUCAGGCUGAGCUACGGGUCACGCCAGAUAAGAGCCUUCAGGGAGGCCCCAGGGCAGCCCGGCGAGCCACCACCCUCCUGGUGCACCUCAACAAGUCCAGCCAGGCAUGUGAGUUGUUCCUCGGUCACAGGGGAGCCAUUCUGAAGGCAGGCCUCAAGCGACUCAGGCUGGAGGGCAAGACGGUGCUGUAUGUGCGACAACUCUGCUCAAUCUUUUUCCACAACCUCCUGGAGACUGCCAGGGAGUUCACUAAGGCCUUCCCCUCCAACCCCAGCUGCACCUCUGCCUUUGUGGUGUGGGCACACGGGGAGGUGAACAACUUUGCCUCCAUGUUCUCACGUCACGUCUUCACCACCCAGUCAUCACUCAACACCGUAGCAGAGUGUGUCAGCCGCGCCGACCACCACUGCCAGCAGUUAGCUGACACUGGACUGGAUUUGACAUUUGCCCUCCACACCCUGCUGCUGAGGGACGUGGAGAAGUGGAUCAGGGACGGCCGGGACAAGCUAGUGGAAGCCGUCAAGCUGAGAGGGCAGGAGGACACGUGGAAAAUACUCAAGUACGAGAACAAGGAACAGCUCAACAAGUUCAUCGAGGACAUGAAUGACAUUGGAAUAGCCAGUGUUGAGAAAUAUGUCAUGGAUGAGCUCUGUGUUGGGCUGACCAACAACACUGUGCAGUUCAGCCGUGCAUUCCUGUCCUACCUUGAAGACAUGCUGAGGCUCUUCUGGCCUGAAACUGAGCGGCUCAUCAAUGACUCUCUGACAGCAAUCUUCUCUGCUCAACUGAGGCAUUGCCAGACAUCCCUCGCUGAGCCCCUAUUUAAGAAUGAAGUUCCUGCCAUCCGGCGUAACAGUGCCUUUCUUCUUGAUGUAAUUCUGACCCUUGGGGAACACCACUAUGCUGAGGCAAUAGGCCACGCCCACCCAAGCCUGCCCACCCUCCACACCCACCGCCCAGCCCUCACAGGGGAGGCUGCCACCCCAGCCACCUCUGCUGCCUCUGGCCCAACCAUAAGUAAAUAUGAGUCACACUUUAUCUGAUAGAAACCAAACACAUUCCAAGGAGCCUACGUGCUUUAAUGGUAGUUGCUGAGGUGUGUUAACUGUGUGUGCAGUCACAUUUUUUUUUGUGUUUGUUUGUUUCAAGUCCCCACACAUUAGUGCUAAUGUGUGGGAUUUGCCUCAUGUAGUAGGUGUGUGUAUAAAAAAUGCAAAUAUUUUUAUCUUAUGUCAUCUCAUUCCUCUAUGGAUAGACAUCCAUGUUGUAAAUACAUUUUCUAUUCCCAGCUAUGAAGGUGCAUACACAGUCGACAUUAUUUGUGAUAUUCAGAUUAUAUUGUUUAAGGAAAUACAGAGUAAAGAGAG